AUGCUGUUGUUGGGUACUUUAUUUCUCGUCCUCAUCUUUCCUCUUAAUAGUAUUGUCUAUGCAUGCAAUAAAGAUCCGCAUGAAGGCGUGCUCGUUGUUGCUGCUGGAAGUUUUCUUUCAGCAAGUAGUGAUCAAGGUGUGAAUUGGUCACCAGCGGAAAAAAAAGGUCAAAUGACAUUCAAUCAAGCAACUUGUCGAUAUGAAAAAGUGGUUCGAGGAUUACCAGCAAAUACAAACUUCGAUUGGAAAGUUGCUUUUAAUGGAAACUGGGGUGGAGAUAUAGGAUGUAAUAAUGGUAAUAAUUGCGUGUUUAAUAGUGGUUCUUCUGGUGUUGUUCUUCUCAUAUAUGAUCCAUUCAAUAGACAAUUAACGACAACUCCUUUUGAUGACCAAACUACAGUUCCAAAUGGUUCAACUUCUACAUCAACACUAACACCAACAUGUUCGAAUCCAUAUCAAAAUCGAAUAGUUCGAGCAUCGGGUGAUUAUCAAACAGAAUUAGGUAGUUCAGCUCCUUGGCUUGCAACAGAAGCAAAUAGUUUGAUGACAUUUGAUGCAACAUCUUGUCUUUAUAUACUUACACUCACUGGUUUAACAACAAACAAAGCUUAUGAAUGGAAAGUCACAUUUGAUAAUUCAUGGUCAAAUAGUCUUGGUUGUGGAAAUGGUGGUAAUUGUAAAUUUUCUACAAAUGCAGCUGGUGCAAUUGAACUUGUAUUUAAUCCUAUUUCAAAACAAUUAUCAAAUCGUCCUUUGACAACUGUUUGUGGUAAUGAACAAUGUGAAUUAGGUGAAACAUGUCGAACAUGUUUAGCUGAUUGUGGUCAAUGUCCACCAGCUGUAUGUGGUGACGGUAAAUGUGAAGAUGCUGAAACAUGUGAAUCAUGUUCAAAUGAUUGUGGAAAAUGUCCAGUAUGUGGUGAUGGAACAUGUCAAUCUAAUGAAAAUUAUCAAACAUGUCCACAGGAUUGUCCCAAUGAAUUGGCUGGUUGUGGAAUAUUUCGAGAAGAAAGUUGUGAAGGUGGUUCUCAAUUUCAUGCAAAUGCAGGUGCUGAUGCUAAACGUUGGCAAACACCAAAACCUGGUACAAAAGGUUAUCAACCAUCAUAUCAAGAUUAUCAUACACUUGUUGGUUAUGCUGAUAUCAUUUAUACAUCUACAGAUCGUCGUACAGCAGAUGUUUGCCUUGAAACAAAACAUCGUUAUGGUGAUAGUGUAAAAUUAACUUAUUUCUUUGAUGGUGUUGCUCAAGAAAAUAAAUGUAAACGUUAUACAAGUUCAUAUACGGGUAUCUUACAAGCAGUAGUUACAGGAAGUGAUGGUUCAGCAUUAGAACUACCAGAAAUUGAUUUCAUUUGGAAUGCAAGACCAAUUGCUAGUCGAUCAGGUGAUUAUCGUAAUGGACAAAAAGGUGCUGUAGCAGAAAUGUUUGGAUGGCCUCAUAAUGAUGUCAAACAAGAAUGUGAAUUUCUUAGUAAAGCUGGUUAUUUAGGUGUAAAACUUUUUCCAGUUCAUGAACAAUUAUUGUCAACACAACCAUUUGAAGAUGCAAUGAAUCCAUGGUAUUUUAUGUAUCAACCAGUGUCGUAUAAAUUGGACGGUAGAAUGGGUACACGUGAAGAAUUACGUGACUUAAUUAAUACAUGCCGUGGAUAUGGUGUACGAGUUUAUAUUGAUGCAGUACUUAAUCAUUUUACUGGUGCCGGUAAUGAUAUGAAUGAACAUCGAAAUCCUAAUGGUUGUGUGAAAUGGGGUAAUAAAACAAGUAGUGCACCAUCCGAACGACAAUCGCCAUUUUAUACACAUGCUUAUACUUAUCAAUAUAAUCCAAAUACAGGUAAAGCUCCAUCGAAUGAAUUUCCUGGUGCUGCUAUUGGCCCUGAAGAUUUUCAUUGUGAUCGUGUACUUGGUUCUUGGUCUGAUUUAUUUAUCUUGAAUAAUGGUUGGCUUGUGGGCCUUACUGAUCUUGAUACAUCAAGAGACAAUGUACGUGAACGUCAAGCAGCUUAUCUUGUUGAUAUGUUAAGUUUGGGUGCUAGUGGUUUUCGUAUUGAUGCAGCUAAACAUAUGGCACCUGAAGAUAUUUCUGCAAUAAUGAAAAAAGUUCAACGAAAAAUGGGUGGAAAAUUACCCGAUGAUUUCUUUGUUUGGCUUGAAGUUCUCACAGGUGGAGAAGCUGGUGUUUUAUGGCAAGGAUCAUCAUGGUAUGGAACUAUGUUUGAAAAUAUUCUUAAGAAUGAUCUUGGCUCAGAUUCAGACGUCAAUAAAAUUAAAAUGUGGGAUGGUCUCUAUCCAAAGGAACCGCAAAAUAAUCCAUCAGUAUCACGUCAUCGUGUAGUCAUUCAAAAUGAUGAUCAUGACCAACAGAAUCCAGGUUCAAGUAGUCGUGAUAUGGCUAAUGCUGGUUGUGUUCUUGUUAAAAAUUGUCCUGCAUCCGAACAUCGUAAUUUUGAAAUUCGUCUUUUUACAAGUCCAAAUGGUGCGCAGAACAAUAAUGAUGAUUGGCCUAUUCGAUUUAUUCUUUCAUCCUAUUAUCAUACUCAUGGUGAUCUGGGUAUUCCAGAUGGAAAAUCAUCAUGUGAUCUAUGUACUGUUACAUGCACAUCGUGUCGUAAAUCAGUACCUUAUAUAAAAGCACAUGAUCCAAUGGCAUGUGCCUAUGCAGGUAAUGGAUAUACCCGUACACAUCGUGAUAUAGCUGUUAUCAAUGCAAUGCGCGCAUGGAUGCAUUUAGCACCAAUAUCAGGAACAUCGUUGGGUAUCGGACAUUGUGGAUAA